GCCCCGGACCCCUCCCCGUGCCCGUUCCCCGGUGUGACCUUCGCCGCUCCCCUGGCACGAUGGUGCAGACCAUGAUUCCAAAGGUAUUGAGGCCCAUGAAAUUCUACUUCUCUACUGUGUAUCAAGAAAUAUGGGUUGGUGUAGCAUUAACAAGUUAUGCCUACUACAAGAUUUCAUUUGGGGGCAAAAAAUCAUCAGGAAAUAAGUCCUCUGGUUCUGGCCAUCAUUAAAGAUCUCUUCUCUUCUUGGAAUGUGAAUUUGGUGGUUCAUCAACUCUACUGCAAAUGAAGCGAGUUACAACCAUAGGGAAAUGAAUCCUAGAACUGUACCUGAUCCAUCUGCUGUAAUUGGAAAAAGAAUAAAUCCAUUGAGCAAAAAGUAAUUAAAGAUGUUGGACGAU